CACAACUAUUCGCCCGGCUUCACCGUCACUGUGCCCUUUGUUGUGUUAUAAAUAGAACGGACUCUUCUCCCCUCUCCUCUGCCUGCUGCAAUUUCGAUUACGCUUUUGCAGAAGUAGAAGUUUUUUUUGUGCAUAUUAAGUCUCGCAUCGUUACUUUCUCUUCAAUUUUUUUGUAACUUAAUUUUUUGUCAUUAUGUCUUCCACUCAAGAAAACAAGGGUUCCCUUCAAGUGAAGGCCGGUCUCGCCCAAAUGCUCAAGGGCGGUGUUAUCAUGGACGUUGUUAACCCUGAGCAAGCUCGUAUUGCCGAGGCUGCUGGUGCUUGCGCCGUCAUGGCCUUGGAGCGUGUCCCCGCAGACAUUCGUGCUGAAGGCGGUGUCGCUCGCAUGUCCGACCCCAGCAUGAUCAAGGAGAUCCAAAAGGCCGUUUCUAUUCCCGUUAUGGCUAAGGUCCGUAUUGGCCAUUUCGUUGAGGCUCAAAUCCUCGAGUCGAUUGGUAUCGACUAUAUCGACGAGUCCGAGGUUUUGACUCCCGCUGAUGACAUGAACCACAUUGACAAGAACAAGUUCACUGUUCCCUUUGUGUGCGGUAGCCGCAACUUGGGUGAGGCAUUACGCCGUAUCUCUGAGGGUGCUGCUAUGAUCCGUACCAAGGGUGAGGCUGGCACUGGUGAUGUUGUCGAGGCCGUCCGUCACACUCGUCAAAUGCAAGCCGAUCUCCGUCGCGUCUCCUCCAUGUCCGACGACGAGUUGUACGCUUACGCCAAGGACAUCCAAGCCCCCAUUGAGCUUGUCCGUGAGUGCAAGCGUUUGGGUCGUUUGCCCGUCGUCAACUUUGCUGCCGGUGGUGUUGCUACCCCCGCUGAUGCUGCUUUGAUGAUGCAACUUGGCUGUGACGGUGUCUUUGUCGGAUCUGGUAUCUUCCUCUCUGGUAACCCUGAGAAGCGUGCCCGCGCCAUUGUUCGUGCCGUUACUCACUACAACGACCCUAAGGCUCUUGCUGAGGUUAGCGAGAACCUUGGUCCCGCCAUGGUUGGUAUCAGUGUCAAGUCUCUUGCCGACAAGGACAAGCUUGCCACUCGUGGUUGGUAAGCGAUCACUUUUAUGAGCCUGGCAGUUACCAUAAGCUGUCAGGAUUGCAAUUCGCCGUAUUGCAAGGAAAAAAUAUCUGGGGUUAGCUUGUUAAAGUAGCUUGUCUCUCAUGACAAGUAACCUUCUCAAGCCUAGUCUUGUAACGCGUACUAGUUGAAUGAUCAACUGCAUGACCCAUCGAUAGCCGAAAGGUUCCUCGUUCAGCAUGUCCAGCGCGGUCUACAAACAUUUUGUUUACGGGAAUAAAAAGUAUCUGGUUUAUUACAUUUACAAGCUUGAGAGUUAGCACUGAGUGAAUUUGUAACUGAGCAAGGUGAUGAUGGUGGAAAGUGUAUUUAGUACGGAAAGG